CUGGUAGGUACAUCAAGCCUUGUAACGUUAGUGUAGGAGAUCAGGUGCAGUCACGACGCCUGGGCUGCGGGGAAGCGCGCCUAUUGACGUUCCGUGGACGUUGGUGGAUUACUUAUCUGCUGCGGGCAAAGACCUUCGAUUUGUCACCCACGAGCACAUCAUUGUGGAGUUGAAUGAUACUCAUACACAGUAUAUACACAGUCCUCCUUGGACUUCUCCGGUGCGUUCCAUUUGGCUGCUGAUCUACUUCUAGGACCUUUCUUGCGGUGAGGGUAGCUUUGCGACUUUGCGACUACAUAUUCUUCGCCAAUCGCUCAAGUCAAGCUCAGCAGCCCAGUGCGGAAACUGAAAGCAUCCAGAAUGUCAUCGCAAAAGGCUUGGGCCAUCGUUGCCGGUGUUGGACCUGGCACUGGUGCCAGCGUCGCUCGUCGGUUCGCGCAGAAGUAUAGCGUUGCCCUCCUUGCCCGAAACCCGUCGAAUUUCGAGCCACUUGUCAAAGAGAUCGAGGCUGCAGGCGGAAAGGCCGUUGGCAUCAGCACCGACUGCGCAGAUGGCAAGAGUGUGAAAAGCGCAUUCGAGCAACUGAAGAACGAGAUAGGAGAUGCUCCACUCGCUGCGGCAAUCUAUAACGUUGGUGGAAGAUUCGUCCGGAAACCCUUCCUAGACUUGUCAGAGGAUGAUUUUGAGGCUGGAUGGGAGGCCAAUGGACGAGGAGCUUUCCAUUUCUCACAAGCAGUCUUACCACUGCUACUGGAGAGAGUUAAGAAUUCUCCUGAAUAUCCGCCUACCUUGAUCUUCACCUCAGCCACGGCAGCCAUGAAAGGGUCGGCCAACUGUGCAUCGUUUGCAACCGGUAAAUUUGCCAUGAGAGCGUUGGCGCAGUCAUUGGCGAGAGAAUUUGGACCCAAGGGCAUUCAUGUCUCCCACGCCAUUAUCGACGGAGUGAUUGACAUUGAGAGAACCAAGGACUACAAAUUUGAUCAUCCAGAUGCGAAGAUUAAGCCAGAGGCGAUUGCCGACUCGUACUGGUAUCUCCAUACCCAGCCCAGGACAUGUUUCACCAAUGAACUCGACAUUCGCCCUUACAUUGAGAAGUGGUGAUGGAAACAAUGGAGGUCCACAGGUCCUAUACCUAUGAAAAAAUUAUAUAUGCUCUUGCAGUCGCGUCAUGGUGGUCUGAUUCUAUUCUUUCCUCUUCAUUGUGCAGAAAUCUUGCUGUGGCUCUCGGCUGCGCCGACAUUUCGACCGAGGACUUACUGUCUACUGCACAAGUCGUACUAGGACUUAACAUAUCCGAAGUUUUCUGCUGGUCGUUCUGCUGAUCAAGCAGUAAAUUCGACAUUCCCAGACAUAGCGGUGCCGCCGGCUUCCUGCGGAUGAAAAGCCGUGCGAGUGUUAUCCAGACUGGGUUGGUGUCACCGUACGGGGCAUGAUGGGGCUAAAAGCACCACCACACAUUUGCAUGUCUACACCGAAUCCAGUUGGAUGACAACGAAGACUUACCCCAC